GGCGUCCCUGCCAGCCUCCUCUGGUUCUCACUCAGCAGCGGCUCCCAGCCUGGGGACCCCCAGGUGCCUCCCUGGAUAGACCUUGAGGCUUCCCAGCGACUGGCCGGCCUCUUCCCUGAGAGUACGGAAGGCAUUUGGGACCCCAAGCGCCCGCGGCCCGACGUGCAGGCAGCCGCGCGCCCAUGGAGGGCCUGGGCCGCUCGUGCCUGUGGCUGCGCCGGGAGCUGUCGCCUCCGCGGCCGCGGCUGCUGCUCCUGGACUGCCGCAGCCGCGAGCUGUACGAGUCGGCGCGCAUAGGCGGGGCGCUGAGCGUGGCGCUGCCCGCGCUGCUGCUGCGCCGCCUGCGGACCGGGAGCCUGUCGGUGCGCGCGCUCCUGCCGGGGCCGCCGCUGCAGCUGCCGCCGCCCGCCCCGGUGCUGCUCUACGACCAGGGCGGGGGCCGGCGCCGGCGCGGGGAGGCCGAGGCCGAGGCCGAGGAGUGGGAGGCCGAGUCGGUGCUGGGCACCCUGCUCCAGAAGCUGCGGGAGGAAGGUUACCUGGCCUACUACCUGCAGGGUGGCUUCAGCAGAUUCCAGGCCGAGUGCCCUCACCUAUGUGAAACCAGCUUCAACAGCCAUGGUGGCCCGAGCGCGGCCCAGGCGCCCGGCCCGGUGCCCGUGGUGGGGCUGGGCAGCCUGUGCCUGGGCCACGACUGCUCGGACGCCGAGUCCGAGCCCAACCGCGACGCCAUGAGCUGCGGCCCGGAUUCAGAGGGCGUGGCGCCCCCGCCAGCAGGGCUGCUGCUGUCCUUCCCCGUCCAGAUCCUGCCCAACCUGUACCUGGGCAGUGCCCAGGACUCGGCCAACUUGGAGAGCCUGGCCAAGCUGGGCAUCCGCUACAUCCUUAACGUCACCCCCAACCUCCCCAACCUCUUUGAGAAGAACGGCGACUUUCACUACAAGCAGAUCCCCAUCUCUGACCACUGGAGCCAGAACCUGUCCCAGUUCUUUCCGGAGGCCAUCGCGUUCAUUGAUGAGGCCUUGUCCCAGAACUGCGGGGUGCUCGUGCACUGCCUGGCCGGGGUCAGCCGCUCCGUCACCGUCACCGUGGCCUACCUCAUGCAGAAGCUCCACCUGUCCCUCAGCGACGCCUAUGACCUGGUCAAAAGGAAGAAGUCCAACAUCUCGCCCAACUUCAACUUCAUGGGGCAGCUGCUGGACUUCGAGCGCAGCCUGAGGCUGGAGGAGCGGCGCUCCCGGGAGCGGGCCGGUGGGGGGCAGGGGUCCACCACCUCCGACGACCCCCCCUCCUUCUUCACCACCCCCACCAGCGACAGUGUCUUCGAGUCAGACCCCACAUAAGGGCCUGAAGGCCCCGUGGGUGGGGGGGGGGCUGGUGUGCUGGGUCCCCACUGCCUCCCCCACCCAUGGCUCCCGCCCACCUGUUGUGGUGGGGGGGGGCCUCUGGGAAGGGGCUCAGCUGUAGGCGGCAGGGCUGGGGGGGAGCACAAUACUUCACAUGAGGCUGCAACGCGUGAAGAUUGUGCUGCCUCUUGCCUCCAGGGUGGCAAAGGGGGGAGACCUGUCCCCCCCACUUGUGACAUCAGUGGGAAUCCUCUUAAAUGUGCCUAGGGCCGGGCUCGGUGGCCUGACCCGCCGCCACUUUCGGGUGGAACCGUGCUCCGGAACCUGCCUUUUCUGCGACUGUUAAUUUUUCCU